AAAUAUUGAAUCUGUCAAUUAAAUAUUGGUGUGUCUGUGUAUCUUAUCUAGUCUAUUUGUACAAGUAAUACUGGUUAGAAGAACCUCUAAGGAGCAUUAACACCGAUAAUAAGCAUGGCACCUCUAGCUCCAGUACCUCAAGUUGAUGAGAUUGCUGAUGGGAUUAAAGCUGUCUUAUUAGGUCCUCCAGGUUCAGGUAAAGGAACUCAGGCACCACUUCUGAAAGAAAAAUAUUGUGUUUGCCACUUAUCAACGGGAGAUAUGCUCAGAGCUGAGAUUCAGUCUGGAUCUGAACUAGGGAGUAAAUUGAAAAAAGUUAUGGAUGAAGGUAAACUUGUUAGUGAUGAUCUUGUUGUAAAUAUGAUUGACAAGAAUUUAGAUAAACCAGAGUGCAAGAAUGGCUUCCUUCUGGAUGGUUUCCCACGAACUGUGGUACAGGCUGAGAAGUUGGAUGAUCUUCUUGAGAAGCGUAAUACUCAAUUGGAUGCAGUAAUUGAAUUUGGAAUUGAUGACAAUCUCCUAUUUAAAAGAAUCACAGGUCGUUUAAUCCAUGCUACAAGUGGAAGAUCGUAUCACGAAGAAUUCAACCCACCAAAGAAACCAAUGACUGAUGAUGUUACUGGGGAACCUCUAAUUAGAAGAUCAGAUGAUAAUAUUGAAUCACUCAAGAAACGUCUUCAUACAUAUCAUUCUCUAACAAAACCCCUGGUGGAUUACUACCAAAUCAGAGGUAUCCAUCACUAUGUAGAUGCUUCCCUGUCUGCUGAUAAAGUAUUCAGCAAUAUUGAUUCUAUUUUCCAGAAUCGCAAACGUGCAACUGCCAGACUUUAGAGAACUAAUUGUUAGUACUCACUUGCAUUUCAAAGUUUACUAUGGUUUAUCUAUAUUUUUGUAUAACAGUUGUAUUUUUGUAUUGUUCAGUUUGAUUGAAAUUCCAACAAUUUCUGACUUGUUAUUUUGUUUUGAAUAAAAUUUUAAAUGUA